AAGAAGAAAAAGUAAACUAAAUAAUCGUAUUUCUCAGCAGUAGAAUGAUAUUUUUCUGUUUGCAGCGAGGAAUAGAUAUACCUUAUAAUAAUAAUAUAGUUAAUUCUUAUGAAUUGUAGUGUAUUAUAUUGGAUGUAUUUUUUCGAUGUCGUAACUUCGCGUACGGACGCAGGCUGACAUUCCACAUACACACAUCGUCAUCUGCUACAUAGCAGAUUUAUGUGCAAUAGCGGAGAGGAAGUGUAAAAGCGGAGGCCUGAGAAGGUCCAUCGAGAAGAAGAAAAGAGGAUACGAAAAGAGGAACAGCAAGCUCGAAGCGUACCUGCAAUGUCGGCCCUGAGCGCAGUGGUGGGGAGGUUAAGAUGAAGUCUGCUUCUCGGCUGUCGCCUAGCUUAGUUUGUAGCCGACUGCUCUCGGAACAGCAUCGGACGAACGUCGAUAUACCGGUACGCGAGUGAUAGUGUAAAAAAGAGAGAGAGAAAGAGAGAGAAAGCAAGGAAGAAAGAAAGAGAGAGAGAGAUUGAGUCGCUAUACUCUGAUCUUUAUUUAAACGCAUUACGCCGAUAAUGAAAUUCUAUUCUUGCUUGGCACAGCACAAAAGUGACCGAAGCAGACAUAGUAGCAACAUCGGCGACACAAGCAACGUUAGUAUAUCAUUUCGGUAUAAUACUGUCGCUAACAUAAAAACAAGUAAAACAGGUGGGCCAUUGCUUUCGUGUGAACGAUUAGAUCGUAAGAUCUCGUAAUAAUUGUGGGUGCUGGUGUUUCGCGCGCGGGUCUAGCGCAUUCGCGGUUAACGCGGCACUUCUGUGAAUUUGCGCUCGCCAAAAACACGCCCGCCGCAAGAUCAAAGAAGGGAAAAAGGGAAAGGGAAAAGGGGAGGGAAAAAGUGUAGUGUGUGAGAGGGAGGAAGGAAGAGGAGCAAGACAGGGAAGAUAGUAAAAGCCAAGAUUUGUGCAGUCGUCAUCGAGAGGAGCAACAUACAACAGUCCAUCAGCUAGUCCUGUCAUUACAUCUCCGGCUGUAGUGCAACGAUCAUCACGCUUUGCAUCGUUACAUCGGAACUUUACUUGCAGCAAGAUGUUUGUGACAUAUUCAAUGUUUGAAGACGCGGCGGAGUUCAAAGAGUUUGCAUAUUACAUGAAGCACGUCUUAUCCCUAGAUAUACGCGACUACAUAGAAGAUCCUCAUGAGGAUGAGCUCAAAAGAAUACAAAGACGUUAUCGUAACAGGAAUUACACACAGACAUCCACAUACGAGGAAACGCGAGAAAACGUCAGUAAAAUAUUUGGACGUUGGAAAUAUUUGAAGAAACAUGGCGAGCCGGAGUCACACUUUCCUUGGAUACCAAAACCUUUGGUGAAGAAAUCUCUCGGGGAAGUGUUCGUGGAUGAUUUAGAGAGAUAUUGCGGGAAUCUUCUGAUACGUGACCGAUGCGUUUCGUGCGUGGUGCUCGGACAUUGCUCUAAAGAAAACCCGUGUAUAAGUGUCCUCCUACAAAAUCCUCCUGCAAAAACGGAUACGUUGCCCGUAGAAGAGGACGAAGAAUCCCGGCCGUCUAUGAAAACUCUAGAAAUCUGGAUGUUCUUCGAAAGUAUGCAAAGAAAAGGGUACCGGACAGACAUAAAUAUAGAAGACUUGAACUUACCAGACGAAGAAGCCCAAGAUAACGAUCAGAAACUGGAGCAACCAUCUCAAAAAGUUCAUUCGCAAUACAUGCAUGAACAAUUGCAACAACUAAUUCAGCUGCAGAAGCAACAGUUGGAGUUUGAGCAACAGUUGCAGAAACAGCUUGAGAUACAGCACCAACGGGAAAGUGUAACGAGCGAGGACACCCGAUUGGAAGCAUCAAAUAGUUCAGACACAGAUUCUAGCAGCGAAUCGGAAAGCGAUGAGGAUUCUGCUGAGGAGUCGACCGACCAACGUGAUCAGAACAAGGAUCAGCAUCCAGUCGCGAGUGUUUUACUAACGCCGCCGGUAUCAAACGAGCCUAUAGUGAACAACGGACUAAGAGAUACUAGUGAGCCGCUCGAAAACACUAAACUAUAUUACGAAGUUAAAAAUCGAGUGAAUCAAACAUCGUCCUGUGAACAAAUAAUAACAGGACAAACCACAAACUUUUGCCUGAACGACCACUCCUACUAUCAGAACCAACCACCACACAACUUGGAGUGUUUAGGAAUACAAACACCUUCCGAGUCUGAAGACGACGAGAUUGAUGUAGUCAAUCCAUGCACCCAAAAAGAAAGAAGUACUGUGAAGCAAAGACGGUGCCCAUCCAACGUGUCCCCGCGUUCUAAUCAACGGACGCAGCAGCAAGCGACGAUAGCGGCGACAAGCGACGAAUGCAACGUGGAAACUCCUGCCCGUCGGCCGCGCGGCAGGCCACCGACUAACCCGAAUCGAAAACGGAAAGUAGAAACCGAAAGCGCGCAACAACCAACUGCUAAGCGCCCCUGCCAACGACGACGCAAGCCAAGAGCGUCGAGAAAACACUCUUCCGAUGAGGAAGCGGAAGACAGGAGGAGUAUGCACAACAACAUGGAGCGGCAGAGGCGUGUGGACCUGCGAAACCACUUCGAAGAUCUAAGACUAGAGCUCCCGGAGAAAGAAAAUAUAAAGAUGUCGAAAGUCAAUAUCUUGAAGGAAGCGUACCGAUAUUGCAUCAAAUUGAUGGUGCAGUCGCGAACACUUAAGAUGAAGCUGGCCCAGGAGCAGAAGAAUUAUAUAAGGAUGAAAGCCAAAUUCCAAAAUUUAGUCAAACUAGCCAAAAUCUCAGAGUCACAGAGGUCCAGAAUACUGACGUUGAUAACGUCGCAGACUUCGCAAGUGCUGCAGGAACCGCAGGUGGCGUAGAUGUCGCAUACACCGCAGACAGAGGACGGCGCACUUGACGAAUCUUGGCGAGGUCUUCCUCACGGAACGCAGCAGUUAACCGGGGCCAACUUCGUUGCUAGUAUCAACGAAUCUUCGGGCCUCAGUGUGGAGUGAAGAUCAUGCGGGAGUACGAAGACCAAUAUCGCGGAGGGCCCAACGCGAGACUCCUGUGCGACGGAUGGCCGCUACGAUGUAGGUAUGCGAUAUCGCAAGAUAUACCUACACGAAAAAACACCUACACAGCCAUCUCGGAAGCACUUUACCUGUACUAUCUAGGGAGUAUGUGUACAUGGUAUAAAGCACGCAGGCUUUAACAAAUUCGAAUAGAGAUUUAUUGAAGUAGUUCCAGACUACUAUGUAUAUGUAUGAUGACAGAUGUAUAUAUUGAUUGAUAUGAUUGAUUUGCACAUUUGGACGCGCGCAUAGUAUAUUAUCAUUUGCUUCCUUAUCGCGGAAAAUAUAUAUUGUACACUUAAUAAGGAUUCAAUGGUUCCUGCUCUUGUUCGCCAAAUUUGCAGUUUGAACCAAAGUAUAAGUUAUGAUACGUUCACCCAGAUUCGAAACACGUUGUUGGCAACUGUCGUAAUAAAGCGCGACUUGCACACUGAGAGACAAAAAUGUCUAAGAAAUAAAAAAAUUAUUAUUUGGUACGGAUAAUAUGUGAAAGAUAAUAUAUUUAUUUAUAUCUGAAAUAUCGUUCAAAUACAACAUAUAUUUGUUUAAAUUCUUUCUUGGCUUUUCAUGAGAGCAAUGAUUCGUUCUACUUAAAGAAUUUUGAUUUAAGUAAAUAUAUUAUCAUAGUAUUCGUUGAAUAAAUAUUUUUUAUUUUUUAGAUAUUCUUGUACGACCUUGCUUUGUCUAUUAUGUCUACUUCGUUUGCUAUGGUAGUAGUCAAAAUGCGUGAGACGUUAAUAGCUCGCGCAAAUAUCAGCUUUGAAGCACAAGAUAUAUUCUUCACGUUUUAAGGAUCACGUUGGCUUUCGAACUUUUUUACAUAUCCAGAAAUGAUGGAAAACCAUACUAAACUUUACUUUUAUUCCGUAGAAAAAUGUUCCCUGUCACUACACUCUUCAACUUGCCAUGAUACGUUUCGAAUCUCUUUCUCAGAAUUAAAACGUUCACCACUUCACUAAUUUCAUCGUCGUCAUAAGUUUGUGCGUCGUUUCUGAACGAGCGCCAGGUAAAAAGGACCGCUCGUAAAUGUAAAAAUGUGUGAAUAAUAUUAAUUAAGUUUGAGAAAAACAAAAAAGGUUGAAAAAAUAUAAAAAAUAUAAGAGGAAAAAAAAUAAAAAAGAUUAAAGAAUAAGUAAAAAAAAAAAUUGAAAUUAGAAUUAUUCGCGAAAUUAAAAAUUAGGGAGUGGCGUUUAAAAUUAAAAUUAAGAAAAGGAGCGAGAAUAGAUUGGUAGGUAAAUGCGAAAUUCGUUUUAAUUCUGAGGGAGAAAAAAAAUUAGAGAUCGAAAAAUUAAAAUUAAGAGAGAGCGAGAAUAGAUUGGUAGGUAAAUGCGAAAUUCGUUUUAAUUCUGAGGGAGAAAAAAAAUUAGAGAUCGAAAAAUUAAAAUUAAGAGAGAGCGAGAAUAGAUUGGUAGGUAAAUGCGAAAUUCGUUUUAAUUCUGAGGGAGAAAAAAAAUUAGAGAUCGAAAAAUUAAAAUUAAGAGAGAGCGAGAAUAGAUUGGUAGGUAAAUGCGAAAUUCGUUUUAAUUCUGAGGGAGAAAAAAAAUUAGAGAUCGAAAAAUUAAAAUUAAGAGAGAGCGAGAAUAGGUCGAUAGCAUAGGUUCCUAAGGUACGCGGUAAUGAAGUACCGAGUACGUUUUAACUCUGAGAAAGAAAAUUCUGAGCGCGUCACAAGAUUUUUACAAACAGAAAUAAAAUUUAGCUUUUCAUUUGCAUGUAUCUCCACUAUACGGAGUAAACUUAGCGUAAAUUGGAGUGAGAAAUAAAAAUAAUCUGUUUCGCUUUCACGCCUGUACACUAACUCCUUUAUAUUGAAAGUAUUUCUUUUACUUAAGAGAAAAAUUUCCAGUGUAAGGAAGUUAAAAUAUAGGCGUAAAAGCGAAGUAAAUUAUUUUGAUUUUUCAAUUCAACUAACGCUAAGCUUACUUCGUCUCUUGAGUCGAUUCGAUCACCGACGUGGGCAUUCGAGUGCAAGGAACACGUUCUUUCCUUUUCUUUUUUUCUUUUACUUUCAAACCGAUACACGCGCGAGCUAUUAUACUGCCGCGCGCAUUUUGAUUUCCAUCGCGUAGAUAAAGUGGUCCGCCGCUCAAGUCGUUGGAGGAGGCCUUAUCACGAUAUUGCCCAACAACCUGACUACCGGUUCCCCCCGGACUCACGGACCGGUUUUCUAUUCGCUUCGCGUACACGCGUACGCUAUUCGGCGCGAAAAGAAUGUAAAAGUGAAAAGAGGCGCGCAUACUUUCAAGCAAUAGCUGAUUAUACCGAUAGAUCAUAAAGACAGAAUUUUCUCACUGGAAAAAUUGCAAAAAAAAAUGGCGUGCCACUUGCAAUCUGGGUUAAAUUAUUUUGCGUUAUUUUUUCGAAACAGAGGUUUUGUAGAAACCUGACAUUGCUCUGUCUCGUGGGACUUCGCUAAGGUAAGAUGCGUGCUAAGAUAGCUUCGUAGGUUUUGCAAUAGUUUUUGAAAUUGAGACGAUGCGCCAAGCUCACAUUCGCAAAGAAAGGAGUUGAGUGGCCCGCUUACAGAUACGACACGAGAGUAGGUAGAAAAGGCACGGGGCAUGAGUGACGAUGAUGAGUCAGUGUUGCCGGUGGGCAGAAAUAGCUUUUGUGACAGUGUGUGUCAGAUAUUAUACGGGUAGCCCCAGCGUGCGUUCUCCCGCCGUCACCUUAUCCGUAAUCCAAGUGUACGAGCAACCAAAUUCGGCGCAUGUUGUUUGCUUUUAUUAGUUUGUAUUAAAAAUUCGAACCCUUUCCUCAUCUCGUUUUUGAGAGAAAUAAAUCACACUCCCGGAAAUAUGUCUCGAAACGCUCGCGUUUUUAUUAGGUGCAAUAAAUUGAAUCGCUCGCGUUUUUUUUGACUUGAGGAUUAUGUCCUUUGAUCGGUGAAGUACACUGAGAAAAAAAAUUAACAAAUAUUAGAUGGGCAACAUAUUAACAUAUUUAUUUUAAUGAAAAGAAUUUUGGUUUAAGUAAAUAUGUAAAUAGUAUUCAUAUAAAUAUGUUAAUAAACAUGUUAAUAUGUUAUACCUACUUAACAAAUAUUUACUAAUUUCUUAAUAUUUUUUCUUAAUGUAGGAAAACGAAUUGAAUAUUUUUCGUUGUUUUUUUUUGUUCAGUUUUGUUUGGAAUUAUUGUAUCUCGUAUGCAUAGGUAAAAACGUGUCUUCCUCAUUUUAUAAUUAUUUUUUUCUAGACUCAGAAUUCGGGAAAAAAUCCUGCGUAUAUUGCACAGCAAAAGAUACGCUUUUAAUGUAUAUACAUGUGCAACACACAAAAUUCGACGUAUUACUCAUGAAAGUUAUGUAUAUACAUGUAUAAACAUAUGUAUAUAUGCGCGCACACACACACACACACACACAUACACACAUGUAUAUACGGAACAUGUGUAUAUAACAGAAUGUACAUAUAGACACAAUAUUAAAUUUUGUAUAAUAAUAUAGUAAAUAGUAGCAAUAACGCGCGAUAAUUAAAAAGUUACUAUUUUUAUUAUAAUAAUUAUUAUUCAUAUAUUCUUAUUAUUAUUGUAUUAGAUAGAUAUAAACUAUUAUUCCUGUAAGUCAUUGUUAUCCAUUUUAGUUUAUUAUUGGGACGUCAUAUAUUAUAUAUUUGCGUAGACCACUUCAUCACACUGUCAAUCAAUACAUACACGUGGAAAGUACAUAUACAAGUAAGACAGACACAUCUUUCUUCCUUUUGAUACACGAUGUCACGUAUAAUCACUCAAUAUAACACUGUACUCAAUUCACUUGUGUAUGACGUUUCCAUAAUACACUGAAAUAUAUUAUGCAAAUCUAUAUACACAAUAUGAUUAUUAGAUAAUAUAUAAAAUAUAAUUGACGAUAUAUGCACGCAUCGUAAUAUUAAUGAUUACGUACGAUAUACAAUUAUCAGCCAAGACCAUUCAUAGAGCUGGACGGUUAUCGAAUGACGACUUUUUUACAGAUAUUACAAUAAUAUAGCUGAGAGAACUCACUAUAUUACAAUAAUAUAGUGAGAGGAAAGAGGGAGUAAAGCAAUGAUGUGUUCAUUACAUUGUAAGCGACAGUAUUUGUUUAUAUGUCGUACAUAAAUAUAUAUAUAUAUAUAUAUAUAUAUAUAUAUAUAUAUAUAUAUAUAUAUAUAUAUAUACUUUUUACAAUCGAGAUAUAAGAAGGAACGCGGAAGUGAGAAAAUUUUGUUUGAAUAUGCGUGUACGCUCCACACGCACAUACAAAUGCAAAUACGAAAUUUGUGUGCGCGCGCGCGUAGUCCAAAUUCAAGUUAUAAAUAGUAGACAAUGUCGACAUAUGAACAAGGAGUGGAGAGUCGAGUCAGAGCGUAUUGAGACAGUCGCGUCUACAAGGGAACAAGGGAUGGGAAUCGGUUAGAAAUCGCGGGGAAAUCGUUUUGAUUACGCGAUAGAGGCACGAUAGGACGCGCACGCAUACACCCAGCCAACUGUAACGUUAAUUUAACAAAGUAAUCGAUUUUUAAUUGCUAACUAAAUGCUAGAUGCAUUAAUAAGUACGCGUGUAUAUAGUAGGAUAAAUGUAGUUCGGAACGACUAGGGCGAAGUAUCUCGGCUGCGAUCGAGAAUCCGUCGUAAAAAAAACGUCGAAAGCUCAGUCAGGAAACGCGAGAGACUCUCCCAAUUAGCGGACUCCGUCUCUCUCUCUUUUGUACUUUUUAUAAGACAUUUUAUACCUCGGAUAAACGUUGACAAAGCAAACUGGUAGGGAACAUGUGUGUGUAUGCAUAUAUAUAUACAUACGUAUAUAUAUAUAUAUAUAUUUUAUACGUAAUAUGUGUAUAUACAUAUAUAUAUGUAUAUAUCGAUUAGUCAAUUUUCUUUGAUUAAUCUUAGUUAAUUUGGAGAUACAAAUAGGAUUUGUAGAAGAUAUAUCCUCGCAUUGUGUGCCGUGUCUGCGCGGGCCUAUACUAACAUUCAUUCAGAGAAGAAUUUUCGUCUUUGAUAUUCCAUAGAGAUAUCGGGAUAGAUUGAUAUGCGCGAGUCGCAUGAUUAGUUGCUAGAUACGUUGCCGGAAUCGAGACGCGACGUUAUAAUCCGGAAACGAAGGCGGAAAUGUAAAUACGUUGUCCGAUAAGCUCACUAAUUUAAACGGUAACCGGCGCUUUAAUAUAAUUUAUAAAUGGUCUUUAUAUAUAUAUAGUAUAUAGCGUGUACUGACACAUUCUGCCACAUUCUGGCAUGUACAUAGAGUCGAGCGGAAAGUUAAGCGAUCGGUAAAAAUACUCGGCUUUCUUAUCCUGGAGGAUGCAAUAUAUAUGUGUUUUUGAAGAUCAUAAUAUAUAAACAAGAUGCAAUUCCUCCUAGUAGCUAUGAAAAUGUGUAUUAUAUGUAGAAUGUAAAUUUACUUUCUCUCUCUUUAAACGCGUCGUGACUCGAGGAGCUCAUUCAUACGUAUGUGUAUGUGUAUAUAUAUAUAUAUAUAUAUAUAUAUAUAUAUAUAUAUAUAUAUAUA